GAAAGACAUGAAGUCAAUGGUGUGGCUUUAACUUUGAAGAAGAAAAUACGGAAGUUCGAGAUGGUCAAAAAGCGUUUUCGGCGUUUCCGCGUUGCCAGAUAUUCCAAGUAAUCCCGACCGAUGGGUGGAUCUUAUUCGGUUUACUCGUCGGCAGUACUGUUUCUCCCGAUCAUUUUACAUUUUAACUCAUAAACAUUUUACCUCCUUAAUUUGUUAAUAAAGUGAAUUCGGCUUUGUUGAUAACUGGCUGUCGUGAAUGUUGCUGGAUACAGCGAACAUUAGCUUGCUUACUCUCAGAGGGAGUCGCUAGUUUUCUCACUUAGUCAGUGAACUUUGGUCGCUAACACAGGAGACUUUCCGGACAUUGUACACACCCAAUAUUUCCCAAGGAUCAAUAAAAUUUUGAAUCUGACUGAAGGAGAGGUGGAAAUCAAAUGACUUUACUGAAUUGCGCUGCGGUUUAGCGAAGCCUCUGUUUUUCACGAACAGUCGGUUUUGUUCGCUUUAUUUGACAGGAGCAUCCUUUCGCAGCCAGGCAGGAAAACGAAAGGCACACCGGUGGGGGACUGUCAGCUGACGGCCCCUGCUCCUGAGCUUCUGACUGUCACCUCCAUCAUGUCUCUGGGCGACAACCCUCGCCUGCUGCUCGGCAGGAUCCGCUUCCUAAACAGGUGCAUUGAGUGUUUCAAGAGGAGCGAGCCGAUACCGGAGAGCCUGUGUUAUGUCCCCAGGGAGGUGUGCUACAAAAUCUGCAAGGAUUCAUCGUCCACGGCGUCCGCCGCCUCUGGACCAUCUGCAGUGGGGUCCAUCGUGGGAAAAACACUGGUGUCCGUCUUUGAAAGUCCACACCAAACCCCACACAUGAAGAAAUUAUGCAAGCACAACAUUGAACUAAAGAAAGGGACAUGUAUCCGGACAACAGGUGAAGAAUACCGGAACAGCCAGGGCCUUUGGGUCAAAAUUAUUAAGAUGGAGGAGCACUGUCCAGGUAUGGAGCUGGAGGAAGGCUGGAUCCUGGUCUGUAAACACACAGAGGGAGGCGACAGGCUGGUGCCGGUGGAGUCGCCAGAGUCCGUCAGCAGACAGCAGCAGCUCUUUGGCCAUGACCACAAGCCCUGCAACAGUUGGGAGCAGGUGGUGAAUGUAGAGAAUGCACUUUAUAUGGGCUCCAAACCCAAAGUCGCUGAGUGUGAUGAUGCUGCCAUGCAGAAACUAAGGUAUGUCCCUCCCACCUGGACGUAUGAAUGUGACGAGGACCUGGUGCACUACUUAUAUGACCACAAAGUGAAAGAGGAUGAAAGGCUUGAGAAUGUGAAGGAGUGUGUGGCCAAUAUUGUAGUCUCUUCAUAUUCCGAUGGUCCCUGUGGGGGGGUGAGCUGUCUGACAGAUGGCGACACUCAAACUUACUGGGAGAGCGACGGCAUGCAGGGACAGCACUGGAUUCGUCUGCACAUGAAGGGGAACAUUGUGGUCAAUGAGCUGCUGUUGACGGUGAACUUCGUGGAUAACAACUAUGUGCCCAAGCAAGUCCGAGUUUAUGGAGGAGAGGGAGACAACCUGGAGAAGCUGAGUGAUGUCACCAUAGAUGACAACCUGGAUGGAGACGUUUGUGUCCUGGAGGAUAUGACAUUUCACCUGCCUGUGAUUGAGAUUCGAAUUAAGGAGUGUAGAGAUGGGGGGUCAGAUGUCCGAAUCCGAGGCUUGAAGAUCAAGUCGUUGAGUGAAAGCGAUCUGGUUCUGAAUGCUGAUGUUUUCCAGUCCUCUUACCUGGUGCGUUACCCCCGUCUGCAGGGCAACUCACCCGAUGUCCUGUACCGCAGAGCACUGGUCAUUCAGAGGUUCAUCAGACUCCUGGACAGUGUGCUCCCACACUUGAUUCCAGCCUGGGAUUACAGCCUUGGUACCUUCAACCAGGUCAAAAGUAUAAAACAGUUCCUGCUGCUGUCCAAACGCCGUUCAGCCCUCAUCACACAGUGCCUGAAGGACUCCAAGACCAGCAAGCCGAACUUCAUGCCCUGUCUUUACAUCAACCGAUGUCUGGCCAUGGAGCACAAAGACAACCCCUCUCUAGAUCCCAGCUGCAAGAACACUGUGUUCAGUCAGGUGUAUGAAGGUCUCAAGCCAUCUGAGAAAUCUGAGAAGACUUUGGAUUACAGAUGGCCUUCACGUUAUGGCCAGUGGUGGGAGUGUAAGUUCAUUGCAGAGGGAAUCAUUGACCAGGGGGGUGGAUUUAGGGACAGCCUGGCGGACAUGUCUGAGGAGCUUUGUCCCAGUUCAGCUGAGUGUCCCUUGCCUCUGCCGUUCUUCACCCGUACAUCCAACCAGGGUUCCUUAGAGGCCAGAGAUUACUACGUCCCGAAUCCUUCCUGUAAAGAGUUCCACAAAUACAAGUGGAUCGGUCAGCUCAUGGGAGGUGCUCUCAGAGGAAAAGACUACUUGGUCUUGGCUCUGCCCGGGCUUGUGUGGAAGCAGCUGACCGGGGAGGCUGUUAGCUGGAGUAAAGAUUUCCCCGCUGUAGAUUCUGAGCUGGUGAACCUGCUGGAGGCCAUGGAGAACAUGGACCAGGAGACGUUUGAGUUCAGGUUUGGUGACGAGCUGGUGUACACCACCCUGCUGAGCGACGACCAGAUGGUGGAGCUCAUCCCUGGCGGCAGCCACGUGACCGUUCGUUACGAGGACCGCAGCGAGUUCAUCCGCCUGGUGCAGAAGGCUCGUCUGGAGGAGAGCAAGCAGCAGAUUGCAGCCAUGCAGGCGGGGCUGCUGACGGUGAUUCCUCAGGCGGUGCUGGACCUGCUCACCUGGCAGGAAGUGGAAAAGAAAAUGUGCGGAGACCCUGAGAUCACCGUCGAAGCUCUGAAGCGACUCACACAUUAUGAGUUCCUGGAGCAAAGUGACGUUAGAGUGCAAUACUUGUGGGAGGCACUGACAAACUUCACCAAUGAGGAUCGCAGCAGGUUUCUGAGGUUUGUAACUGGUAGAAGUCGCCUUCCUGCGCCUAUCUGUGUCAUCCCUGGCGAACAAGGCUCUGAUAGAGCUGAUGCACUUCCUCAGUCCUCCACAUGCUCCCGCCUACUUUAUUUACCCAACUACCCAAGUGCAAAAGUUUGUGAGGAGAAGCUGCGUUAUGCUGCAUACAACUGUGUGGCCAUUGACACAGACAUGAGCCCCUGGGAAGUCCAGGAAUCUCUGCUAUUUCACUGAACAAACUUUACAAAUCAAAUCAAAGAAAUUUUGCCAAGUUUAUCACGCUAAUAUAUCUCACAACUGCCAUUUAAUCCCAGCUGUAUAUAAUAAAGAACUAUCUGGAAACAUG